CUCGCGUCGUUUGCUUGGCCCUUGCCCUUCUCGGGCAGGUACUUUCCCACACCUGCAUGCCUGGCCUGCAGGGCUAACACCGACGACGACAGGGCGAAGAGGUAAAGGACGGAGACAAUCUUGUUGUCUUCCAUUUUCGUCAUGGGCUAUCCAUUUUACCCCUGACCCGUGUACUCCGCCUGCCAACCCUCCUCCCUACCCCAUGGGUAUGUAUGUAUGUACCUAUGCUGUUGGCGGUGGUAACAAAGUCCAAAAGUAUAUCACGGCAGCCCUUCCCAACCCUCCUCGAUGCGGGUUUUCUUCUUUCCCUUCUUCACCCCCUCAGCUUCCCUCAAGUGUACGCUCCAAGUCGACGAAUAAAGGCCCUGAUUUAUUCAACUUUCGUUGCCAACUUUACGGUUUAAACCUCCUCCAACGAAAAAAAACUCAGUCAACAUGAAGGUCAUCGCCAUUCUGUCGCUCGUCUCGCUCGCCUUCGGCAGCGUCGUUGAGAAGCGCGAGUGUGCCGGCAACAACUGCAACCGUGCCAUCACCGGUGUCGCAGACCGCCCUGCUCCCAUCUCGAUCCGCCAGGCCGACUGCUCCAGCUUCCAGACCACCGUUGUCACCCCGCCUGCCACUACCGUGACUGUGACCGUCGAGGCUGAGGGCACCGCCGUCAUCAAGCGUGACGCCAUCCUCGAGAUCCGCCAGGCCACCGUCAACGUCAAGCCCACCUACGCCACCGCUUGCUCGUCUGACGCCGCCUACGCUUCGGCCUGCAGCUGCUGGGGCAUCACCUCUGCCGUCAGCACUGCUCCCACCCCCACCGUCACCGUCACCAGCACUAUCGACUACUGCGACGACUUGUAAAUGGUUUCGACGCUGGCUUGAUGGUAAAGGGGGUUUUGCUGUGAGGAGGAGGUUCCUGGACGUGGAGGAAGUGGCUGUUAACAACAGUCUUAUGGGUUGAUCGAGCUUCAUCUUUUGGGAAGUGUUUGAACCUUCCCCAGAGGAGCGAGUGGCUUGGUCGGACCCGAAGCACCUUUCACGACUGGGUAUGGAUUCUUGCAGUAGAACUCCCUGCUGUCAGGGGGUUGAUGCAUGUAACGGGAUUUUAACGAGGAAAAAAAUAAGAUUAGAUUCUUGUAAAUGCUAAUGAUUAAAG